CUCCGGGCUAGGUUGAGUGGGGCUCUUGGGUUAGUUCCUGUUAGGCCCCGGCCCAGGGAGUAGGUGAAGUCUCUAAGAUGCCCGGUGGGUCAGGGCACCCGGAGCUGUGAGGGAACGUGAGGCGGCGGCGAGCGGAGACCCGCGGCGGGCCUUAGGAGGAGCGGCGGCCGAGCCCGCCUUCCCUGCACCAUGCUCAUAGAGGAUGUGGAUGCCCUCAAGUCCUGGCUGGCCAAGUUACUGGAGCCGAUAUGCGAUGCUGACCCUUCAGCCCUAGCCAACUAUGUUGUAGCACUGGUCAAGAAGGACAAACCUGAGAAGGAAUUGAAAGCCUUUUGUGCUGAUCAACUUGAUGUCUUUUUACAAAAAGAGACUUCAGGUUUUGUGGACAAGCUCUUUGAAAGUCUUUAUACUAAAAACUACCUUCCACCAUUGGAACCAGUUAAACCUGAGCCAAAACCACUAGUUCAAGAAAAAGAAGAAAUUAAAGAAGAGGUAUUUCAAGAGCCAGCAGAAGAAGAGCGAGAUGGUAGAAAGAAGAAAUAUCCUAGUCCCCAAAAGAAUCGUUCAGAAUCCAGUGAACGAAGGACACGUGAGAAGAAAAGAGAAGAUGGCAAGUGGAGAGAUUAUGAGCGGUACUACGAGCGGAACGAGCUGUAUCGUGAGAAGUAUGACUGGCGAAGGGGCAGGAGCAAGAGCCGGAGUAAGAGCCGAGGCUUGAGUCGGAGUAGGAGCCGAAGCAGGGGCCGCAGCAAAGACCGAGAUCCAAACAGGAACGCUGAGCACAGGGAAAGAUCAAAGUUUAAGAGUGAAAGAAACGACCUGGAGAGCUCCUAUGUGCCCGUGUCUGCUCCACCUCCAAACUCUUGUGAGCAGUACUCCUCUGGGGCACAGUCUAUUCCCAGCACUGUCACUGUGAUUGCACCUGCUCACCAUUCUGAAAACACCACCGAGAGCUGGUCUAAUUACUAUAACAAUCAUAGCUCUUCCAACUCUUUUGGUCGAAAUCCACCACCAAAGAGGCGCUGCAGAGAUUAUGAUGAAAGAGGAUUUUGUGUACUUGGUGACCUUUGUCAGUUUGAUCAUGGAAAUGAUCCUCUAGUUGUUGAUGAAGUUGCUCUGCCAAGUAUGAUUCCUUUCCCACCCCCUCCUCCUGGGCUUCCUCCUCCACCACCUCCCGGAAUGUUAAUGCCUCCAAUGCCAGGCCCAGGCCCAGGCCCUGGUCCUGGCCCUGGUCCUGGUCCCGGCCCAGGCCCAGGCCCUGGCCAUAGUAUGAGACUUCCUGUUCCUCAAGGACAUGGUCAGCCUCCACCUUCUGUUGUGCUUCCCAUACCAAGACCUCCCAUUUCACAGUCAAGCUUAAUAAACAGCCGUGACCAGCCUGGGACAAGUGCAGUGCCCAAUCUUGCACCAGUGGGAGCAAGACUACCUCCUCCUUUACCCCAGAACCUCCUUUAUACAGUGUCAGAAAGACAGCCCAUGUAUUCUCGUGAACAUGGUGCUGCUGCAUCUGAGCGACUUCAGUUGGGGACACCGCCUCCUCUGUUGGCAGCUCGUUUGGUGCCACCUCGAAACCUCAUGGGAUCCUCCAUUGGGUAUCAUACCUCAGUCUCCAGCCCCACCCCUCUGGUCCCAGAUACAUAUGAACCAGAUGGUUAUAACCCUGAAGCUCCUAGUAUCACCAGUUCUGGCAGAUCACAGUACAGACAGUUCUUUUCAAGAGCACAGACACAGCGCCCCAACCUGAUUGGCCUCACAUCUGGAGAUAUGGAUGCAAAUCCAAGAGCUGCUAAUAUUGUCAUCCAGACUGAACCACCAGUUCCUGUUUCAAUUAAUAGCAACAUCACCAGAGUAGUCCUGGAACCAGAGAGCCGAAAGAGAGCUAUUAGUGGUUUGGAAGGGCCACUUACAAAGAAGCCUUGGCUGGGAAAGCAAGGGAGCAACAAUCAAAGUAAACCAGGGUUCUUGCGGAAGAAUCAGUAUACAAACACAAAAUUAGAAGUGAAAAAAAUCCCCCAGGAAUUGAACAACAUUACCAAGCUCAACGAACACUUCAGCAAAUUUGGAACCAUAGUUAAUAUCCAGGUUGCUUUUAAGGGUGAUCCAGAAGCAGCACUCAUCCAAUACCUUACCAAUGAGGAGGCUAGGAAAGCCAUUUCUAGCACAGAAGCAGUUUUGAACAAUCGGUUCAUUCGAGUCCUGUGGCAUAGAGAGAACAAUGAGCAACCAGCACUCCAGUCCCCGGCACAGCUCCUCCUGCAACAGCAGCACACCCUGAGUCACCUUUCACAGCAGCACCAUAGCCUACCACAGCAUCUUCAUCCGCAGCAGGUGAUGGUAACCCAGUCUUCCCCCGCAUCGGUCCAUGGAGGUAUCCAGAAGAUGAUGGGCAAACCACAGACCUCUGGUGCCUACGUUCUUAACAAAGUUCCUGUUAAACACCGUCUUGGACAUGCAAGUACUAACCAGAGUGAUACACCUCACUUGCUAAAUCAGUCUGGUGGUUCUGGAGAGGAUUGCCCGGUAUUUUCUACUCCAGGUCAUCCAAAACCAAUUUACAGCUCCUCAAACUUAAAGGCACCUUCAAAACUUUGUUCAGGGUCUAAAUCUCAUGAUGUUCAAGAAGUUCUUAAGAAGAAACAGGAAGCAAUGAAGUUACAGCAAGACAUGAGGAAAAAGAGGCAAGAAAUGUUGGAAAAGCAAAUAGAAUGCCAAAAGAUGCUAAUUUCCAAGCUAGAAAAAAACAAAAACAUGAAGCCAGAAGAAAGAGCAAAUAUAAUGAAGACCUUGAAAGAACUCGGAGAGAAGAUCUCACAAUUGAAAGAUGAAUUAAAAACGUCUUCUGCAGUCUCCACACCAUCCAAAGUAAAGACAAAGACGGAGGCCCAGAAGGAGCUACUAGACACUGAACUGGACCUCCACAAGAGGCUGUCUUCAGGGGAAGACACAACAGAAUUACGCAAAAAGCUCAGUCAGUUACAAGUUGAGGCUGCAAGAUUAGGUAUUUUACCUGUGGGGCGAGGAAAGGCUAUGUCCUCUCAAGGUCGAGGAAGAGGACGAGGUCGAGGAAGAGGGAGGGGCUCACUAAAUCACAUGGUGGUGGACCACCGCCCCAAAGCACUCACAGUUGGAGGAUUCAUUGAGGAGGAAAAGGACGAAUUGCUUCAGCAUUUCUCAGCUGCAAACCAAGGGUCAAAAUUCAAAGACCGUCGGCUACAGAUAUCAUGGCACAAGCCCAAGGUACCGUCUUUAUCUGCUGAGACUGAGGAAGAAGAAGUCAAAGAAGAGGAAACAGAAACCUCAGAUUUGUUUUUGCAUGACGAUGAUGAUGAAGACGAAGAUGAAUAUGAGUCUCGUUCGUGGCGAAGAUGAAAUUUGAUGCGAGCUGUGUAAUUUUUAGAAAUAUUGUUUAGAAGAACAACUUUUUAAAAUUAUUUAAAGAAGUCAAUGAGCCAAAAAUUUUUUUUAUUUUUCUCUUCAACACAGUAGGUUUAAGGACAGCAAGUUGCUAUUCCAACACAUCUCAUAAUUGUCUGAGAUAUCAGAUCACCAAAGGCCAUGACUUUGUGCAGUUGUGAAGAUCCGCAGGAGUGACCGGAUUCUCUAGAACCUUACUUUCCACACCAUCUGUUUCUGCUCUUGGUGCUGGAUUACAAUGUAAAGACAGGGUGUUCAGAAAGUUUAUUUUGGAUUAUAAAUCUGCUGAUAAAAAUUUCAUUAAAUGUCAAAAUCGCCUGGAA